UCAGCGUGGAGCCACCGUGAUACUGUUUACGUCCGUCUGUGUGCUCCUUACCGGGGUCUGAACCGGGUCUGUGCACUUUGGACCGUGUCUGUGUGCUCCUCACCGUGGUCUGAACCGAGCUUUGAACUGGGCUUUGGGCCGGGCUUUAGACCCUUUGCAGCUCCGGGUGAGAGACCGGUGCACGGCGUGAGUGUGACACGAGCUUGGGUGCAGUUUUUAGGCUUCAGGAUGGAGAAGACGGACCGGACCGGACCGGUGCUGGUACUGGUGUUCAGCGGGAAGAGGAAAUCCGGGAAGGACCACGUGACGGACCUGCUACAGGCUCGUCUAGGUACUAAGGUCUCGUGUAUCGUCCGUCUUUCUGGUCCUCUGAAGCAGCAGUUCGCUCAGAACCACGGUCUGGACUUGAACUUGUUGCUGGGUACUGGUCCGUAUAAGGAGCAGUUCCGGUCUCAGAUGAUUCAGUGGGGGGAGGCCCAGAGGAGGAGUGACCCAGGGUUCUUCUGUCGCCUAGCAACAAGGGACGCCACUCAGCCAGUCUGGCUGGUGAGUGAUGCCCGUAGAAUCUCAGACCUGGCCUGGUUCCAGACGCAGUAUCCGGCUCAGUCCCGGUUCAUCCGAGUCCAGUGUUCAGAUCAGACUAGGACCAGCCGUGGGUGGAGCUUCACUGCAGGGGUGGAUGACGCAGAGUCUGAAUGCGGUCUGGACUCUGGUGUGGAGUGGGACUGGAUCAUCUCAAACGAAGGAGACCCUCAGGACCUCAAGGACCAGCUCAGACCGGUUAUAGAUCUGGCUCUGAAAGCUGGCUCAGAACCUGGACCAAACCAGGACUAAACCUGGAUAAAAAACAAGGCAACCCCAUGACUAAACCAGAACUAAAACCAGGACUAAACCUGGACUAGACCAGGAGUAGACUGGACUACUCCUGGACUAAACCUGAACUCUGUGAGCAUACAGACUGAUGCUGGAUCGUUAAUUUCAUAAUGAAAUGUUUUGAUAAAACUGUGGUUAAACCAUUGACUGUACAUAUAAAUAUAUACAGUUGAAACCAGAAAGACAUAUGAUUUUUUGAGACAAUUUUCAUCACUCUCUUCAAAGUUGUAAGUUUAUAUACACUCCAUUAGUAUUUGGAACCUUUGCCUUUAAACUGCAUGAGAUGGGUCAAAUGUUUUGGAUAUCCUUCUGCAAGCUUCUCACAAUAGUUGACAGGGAUUUUGGUUCAUUCCUCCUGAAAGAACUGAUGUAACUAAGCCUGAGUUUGUGGGCCGUCUUGCUCGCACAUGCCUUUGCUGGUCUGUCCAUAAGUUUUCAGUAGGAUUGAGAUCAGGGUUUUGUGAUGACCACUCCAAAAAAUUGACUUUGUUAUCCUUAAACCAUUUUGUAACCAGUUUGGAAGUAUACUCUGGGUCAUUGUCCAUUUGAAAGAGCCAUUUGCUCCCAAGCUUUAACUUCCUGGCUGAUGUCUUUCCACAUAAUGUUCGUUCCUCAUGAUGCAUCUAUAUUGUGAAGUUCCUCCUGCAGCAAAACAACCCCAUAACACGAUGCUGCCACCCCCAUAUUUAACAGUUGUGAUAGUGUUCUCAUGCUUCCCACUUUUUCCUCCAAACAUAAUGAUGCUCAUUAUGGUCAAACAGUUGCUUUUGUUCUUGGGGUGAUUUGCACAUUUUGGACCAAAGCACAUUCAUCUCUGGGAAACAGAACCACACAGAAUCUCCUUCCUGAGUGGUGUCUGGACAUUCCCAUGGUGUUUAUACUUCAGGCAUCUGGAAACUGCACCAAGGAUGAACCAGACUUGUACAAGUCCACAGUUCUCUUCCUGAUAUCUUGGCUGAUUUCUUUUGACUUUCCCGUGAUGUUACACAAAGAAGCAGUGUGUUUCAGGUGUGUUUCAAAUACAUCCACAGUUGUGUCUAUAGUUAACUCAGAUGUUGUCAAUAAACCAAUCAGAAGCUUCCAAAGAUAUGACAUCAUCAUCUGGGUUUUUCCAAAUUGUUUAAAGACAUAGUAAUCUUACUGUAUGUAAUCUUUUGACUUUUGAAGAAAGUAAUG